UAAAGACGGAAGUGAGCACUCCUGUUUUCCGAUCGGGACCGUGAACGCUGCAUGCAUGUUAGUUUUUGAAUGUUUAUUUGCGUGUGUCAUAUAUGCCUAUGAGUUCAUCCCGAAGAUAGUUCAACGCUUUCAUUUGCCUCCGAGUCUAUCCCGUUGCGGCAUGGCAGCGGCAGCGGAAAGGCCGGAGGAGUGUAGCCGGAGCAGCGGCGCACCGGGGGCGCGAACAGGUGACGGGGAACCGGAGGAGGCCGAGGAGUUCUCCUGCUCGGCCUACUGCUCCGAGCUCUCACGGCGGCAGAACGAGCAGAGGAAGGCGGGGCAGUUCUGCGACGCAACGCUGGUCUUCACCCCCGGCGGAGUGUCUGAGGAGAGGGUCCAAACCUUAUCCGCCCACCGCUCGGUGUUGUCCGCGGCGUCGCAGUACUUCACGCUGCUGCUCGGCGGACAGUUUUCAGAGUCUGUGUCCGGCAGAGUGGAGCUGAAAGAAUGGAGCUCCGCGACGGGACCAGACCCAGAAACAGUGCAGAGUGUCAUACAGUUCAUGUACACGGGAGAGAUCAGGGUAACCACUGCUAAUGUGCAUGAAGUGCUGGAACUUUCUGACAGGUUCCUGUUGGCACAGCUGAAGAACUUCUGCGGAGAGUUCCUGAUGAAGAAGCUGAGCUUGUCCAACUGUGUGGCGGUGCACAGCCUCGCCCACAUGUACACCCUGGACCAGCUGGCCAAGGGAGCCUCCGAGACCAUUAGGAGAAACUUCCACAAAGUUAUCCGCAACGAGGAGUUCUUCACGCUGCCAUUUCACCUGGUGCGGGACUGGCUGUCGGACUCGGAAAUCACAGUGGAUUCUGAACAGGAGUUGUUUGAGGUCAUUGUGAAAUGGGUGCACCAAAACUCAGAGGAGCGAGAGAAGCAUUUUGAGGAGCUGUUCAGGCUUUUAAGGCUACCUCAGAUUGCUCCUACCUACCUGACACGGGUGGUGAGAAAGGAACCCCUGGUGGCAAACAGUGCCGCUUGUUUGCAGCAGGUGUCUGACGCCCUUGAGGUCCAUGCCGUUCGCCUUGAGGGCCUCAAGUCAGCUGAUUUGGAGUGGGGCGCCUCCUACACGGCAGCAUUCCAGCCACGUUUUGGCCAGAACAUGGAUGUGAUCAUGGUAGUGGGUGGUGUUUCUGAAGGUGGAGACUAUUUGAGUGAAUGUGUGGGCUACUUUGUCGCUGAGGACCGUUGGGUCAACCUGCCUCACAUCCACAACCACCUUGACGGACACGCCAUCGCGGUCACUGACAGCCAUGUUUAUGUGGCAGGCUCCAUGGAGCCAGGCUUCGCCAAGACGAUGGAGCGCUACAACCCCAGCCUCAACACCUGGGAGCAGGUCAGCAGCCUGAGCACCCGCAAGCACUCCUUUGGCCUCACAUGUGUCAAAGACAUCCUCUACAGCAUCGGUGGUCAUGGCAACUUCAGUCCGGGUUUUAAGGAUGUCACCGUGUACGAGCCUGAGCAGGACGAGUGGCAAAAUCUGGAUCCAGCACCGAAGAUACUACGAGAUGUCAAAACAGUGAGCGUGGAGGACCGCUACGUGUAUGUGAUGGCCAGGACACCUGUAGACAUUGACAGUGACGACGGACUGAGCACUUUGACCACUUGCUACGAUACAGAGAGUCACAAGUGGCAGGAGGUGGACUCUUUACCGCUCAUCGAUAAUUACUGUCGUUUUCAAAUGGCUGUUGCAUCCACCAACUUUUACCACACAGCUUGCUGCUGCGCCAAGAGCUACAAGGUGACGGUCGAGGCCGCUCAGCAGAAAAUCAGCAGAAACGUCUCGGACGACAUCCUCGACAGCCUCCCUCCAGAGGUCCUUAGCAUGGAAGGUGCUGCUGUAUGCUACAUGGGUGAAGACAUAUUCAUCAUUGGAGGGUGGAGGAACAGCAACAACAUGGACAAGCAGUACCGCAGGGAGGCCUACCGUUACUGUGCCGAGAGGAAGCGCUGGACACUGCUGCCGCCCUUACCUCAGCCGCGCUGCCGGGCCGCGGCCUGCCACGUUCGCAUCCCGUACCAGCAUCUGUACGGCUGCCAGCACUACCCCAUGCCCCAGAACCUGGCUCGCCAGCGAGACCGCAUGCAACAGAUGCAGCAGCUCCAUCGCCGCACCCUCACCCUGCGCAGGCAGCUGCAGUCUCAGAUCGAAUGUUGAGAUCAAAAGCUGUGACGCUCUGCACUUAAUCUGAUGGUAAAUGCCUUGUUGUUACCACAGGUCUGUCUCAUUUUUUGCCUUUGCAUUUUGAGGUGAAAUGUCUGCAUGGGUUUACAUGGGGCUGUUUUGCAGGAAAGCAGGUUUGAAGAUCCUUAUGUUGGAAUUAUUGAUGUUGAAAAAGAGGAAUUAGCCAGACAAGCUGCUUGAUUAUCAGUCUUACAUAAUGAUUUUGCCUUAGCUUAUGCCUUACUUUUAUUCUGCUAGUAAAUGAUACUGUGAUUGCUGUGGCAUUUCCUGAAAAAAGAUUUUGAUUUCAUCGCUAAAGAGCUUCGCUUUUUAUAUGUGAUCCGUGUUAACAACUAAAUGAUGUCAACAUAUGUUGUGGUGCAAGUCAGAGUUAAACUAUGGCCGUUCUCAGUGACAGUUUUCUGUGAAAUUUGGUGUCCAUGUAAAGGAAGUGUCUACAUUUGUUGUGAUGUAAGUUAGAAGAAAACGACAAGUUGUCAGUUUGCUGAUCAUGAAGACGCUGUAACAACCAGCUGAGAAAGGAAGUGUGAUCUUUAACUUUACUCUUCUCACUACUUGCAUCUAAUUUCUCUUCUACCUCCAGUUUCCACCUUGAUUUUACCUUGUCUGCACCGUAGAGAUUGAAAUAUCCAACUGUUGAUCGUAUGUUGUGUGUGCCCCACUUGAACUAGACAAUCAUUUAUCAGAAUUUUUGUAGCAAGAAUUAAGUGUUGAGCAAAGCACAUAUUGGGGAACAGGGUGUUAAGUGUUUGCCCCUCCUUAAAACAUAAGCCCCCUUAAUGUAGUGUUGCACUAAACUAUGUGCACUAAAACAGCUUUUCACAGAUUUUAUGGCCAUUCCAGUAGAUGUGUAUAAAUGUACAUGAUUUAUUUCUUAAAUAUUUCAGUGGUCAAAAAUGCUUUAUUUGAUUUCCAAACUUGUUCAGUUUCUUCAAAGACCAAAUACCACUUUAAUAAUGACGAGAAGUCAUUUUUGGCUCUAUAUCUAUUUGAAUGUGUUUUGUUGGCUUUAGUGGAGUCAUUGGGUUUGUUCUGCUGUUGUGCUCCUGGCAGAAUUUGCGUUGCCUCUUACUCAGUGGAAUAGAGCUCAUGUUCACAUAUGGACAUGAUCUCUAAUGUGGGAAGACUACAAAAUGUAUGAAACACAUUAAACCAGGGGGCUGAUAUGCUUUUGUGCUUGGGUCUCUACAUGUUUCCAAUUGUGCCAUAAAACCCCAACUGCUCCUUAUUGAUACAGCUAAAUUUGUUCUAUUUUCUGCACUAAAGAUGCUUGAAUUGUACAGUGUUGCUUUUUUUUAGUAUAAUCCUCUGACUCAAAACACAGUGUUGUGUGGACCAGCUGCUGAGCUCUGUGUAUUUCUCCAUUACUGCUGAAUGAAAAUAAUUUGAUCGGUUAUGCAUGGAGGUUUUGAAUUUUCAAGACUUUCCUCAUGUCACAUGCACACAACCACAGGAUUACUGCAGAAUGCAACAGAGCACACAGACACAUUUUAGUGAUUGGCGGUAGAUUAUUAAUAUCACAUUUGAGGCUGGGUUUCAAGCACAGGUUCUUGUCCCAGUUUGAUCAUUGAAGAGUUUAGAUAAAGUAUUUGCCAGUGCCAUAUAUACAUAUUUCAUGCAGCCACAUGUACUGUUACAUAUUGUGUCAUAUUGUGUAGGCACAAUAGCUGCAAGUGUACAGACAUUUGCAAUAAAUGAGAAACAAUGAAAUCAGUUUGUUGUCAUCUCUGAAGAUACCUACCUAUC